AUGUCACAUGAAUCUGAAAGUUAUAUUCAUUUCUGGUCAGUUACCUGCAUGAUAAUUUAUACUGUAAUGUUCUUACUGUACUGGCUAACCAGGAAAUGGUAUGAAUCAACUUUUGAUGAACAUCGAGAGGAGUGGAAGCAGUUUCAAGAUUACCCAAUAUUUUUUCAUGGGCGGACCAGAAUUGGGCAGUUUUACACAGCAACUUUUAUAUUGAUAGCUUGCUUUUUCAUUUGCAUGGAGUUAACGGAUGAAAUAACUGCUAGACCUUUCAUCAUUGCGAUUUUUAUUAUUCCUCUCGCCAUCUGUGUAUAUUUUAUGAUUUUUCACGGACAAAUUCAUCUUCUCCUGAUAGUUUGCACAAUUUGGGAUGAUUUUAUAAUAGGGAAAAAUGAAAAAUUGACAGUCUAUGAAAUUGGAAAAAAGCAGAUUGAGAAAAAGUUAUGGAUUUGGUAUUUUCAUCGAGCGAUUCUGAUCAGAGACUUCAUUUUAACACCUUCGAUUUUUUUUCUAGAUCAUGUUAAUCUUAAAGAAUACCAUUUUGCUCUCACCAUCACUUUUGUAGUUGCAAUUCAUAGCAUAAUUUACGCCUUUUUAUCAGUUUUAACAAUUUUGUAUAUUAUUACACGAUGUUGGAGUCUGGUAUUUGACGUUUUGCCAAGUACAUUGAAUCCUCUCCAAGCGAAACUUUUCUACCAAAUUGUUACAAUCACAUUGAUUCAAGUGACCCUUUUCGCAAUUUGUAGCUUUCUUCCUGAGUUCUCCGUCAGCAAAACAACAAUAGAACAUAUUUGUUUCUAUUUCUCAAAAGUGACAAAUUUCGAUGCCUUGACAAGCUCAACAAAUUCUAUUAGGUUGUUCGAAAAGUCCUUUCCAUUUUUAGCGUCAGAUUCAUUCGAUAUAAAAAAGGUCAAAACGAUGUCAGAUAAAUUGGAGAUAAUGACCAUUGCUAUCAGUGACUAUCGGCCAACGUCUCACCAAAUUGUGGAUGCCUCCCUUCCAGAACUCCGGUCACAGCGCAUUGAAAAUCAGGUCAACCCAUUUUUGACAUCAUGCUUUGAAAGGCGAAAACGGUGGGCAUAUCUCAUUGUACGAAAAGAGGAGAAUGAUCUCCGUUGGGGUGUAGACACUAUUAGACCUCACCAGCAUACUGAUAAAACGACAACUUCCUCGCUUUUAUCCCCUUCAAGAAAACGAAGUUUGAAAACAACAUAUCAAAAGUGGAAAGGACUUUCCGAACAACCUAAUAUUAAUAAUGUUUUGGCGGGAACUCCAAUAUAUUAUGGGUUAAUGAUUUGUUUACCGGCAUCACUUAUUAUUAUAAUCACAACUAUCGUAUUUCCCUGUAGGAUUGCUAGUGCUUAUAAAGCAUUUUAUCAGAAGAAUUUAGAAGCUUGGAAAAAGCUCCCUGAGUUUCCAAUAUUUUCUCAUGCUAAUUAUAUCCAUGAGAAUGUCUACGCCAGAUAUCAAAAUUCAUUAUUAAUCUCCAUUUUGACGAUCAUCUGUUGUGCAAUCCACUUGUCCCAAACUAUUUCUUUGUAA